AUGACUUCCUGGCUUCCGACUUCUUUCGCUACUUGUCACGGUGGUCCUGGAGAGAUUAUGGAGCACGUGCUAUCGGGUUUCCACAUUGAUCCAUACCAUCUCGAGCAAGCGGGUAACAUAAUGGCUGAUUUCUUUGAACAUUGUAAGGAAGAUCCAAACCAUUGGCAGAAAGUAACAGACUCUGGUCUCCAAAGGAUAUACGGUACAAAGAAAUCUAAAUCAAAAACCAUUAUAAUUGUUCUCGGUUAA